AUGACGCUUCUAGUUGUUUUCUCUCUAUUUUUCAUUCCUGCUCUUGUAUUUUCAACUGAACUCGGCUCAUUUUCGGAUUAUGCUGGAGAAACUCGAGAGGCAAAUUUGAAAGAAUGUUACAUAAGGACUGUGAGAAACUAUAGAAUUGUUUAUACCGAUGAUCAAAUCAAAGCGAUGAAACAGGAAAAUUUGCGAAUUCUUGGAGAAUGUAUCAAAGAACUUUCGAAAAUCAAUCCAAAAUUACGAGGAAUCGAACAACAACUCACUGAGAAACUUGUCGAAGUUAUGGAAUUUGAACUUCGUAUGUCUAGCUGUUCUAACAAAUUGGAUCAAGAAAAAAAUAAUGAUGAAGUUGUAACUUGUCAAAAUUCUUUGAAGGGAUUUGACACACCCAGAUGUGAUCAAAUUUGGGGCAAGAAUGGAUGUUUUAUAUCGAAUUCGAAGAAAUAUUGCGGAUUAGAAAUCACCAAGGAAUAUCAAGAAUUUGCGGUUUUCAUGGAGAAGGAUCAAAAACAAUGUAUCGACAAAUAUUUUACUCAAAAUUAA